AUGCAAGCCAUUAGCGUCCAUCCCGCUUCUCCCGAAUCUCUCCCCUAUUCACCCUCCAAUCCCGCCCCGUCCACAGCCCUACAGCUGGACCGCGAUGUCCCCAUCCCAAGUCCCUCGCAACCCGGGGAACUUCUCGUCCGUGUCAAAGCUACAACCAUCGUUCGCGACAUGUUAACCUGGCCCGAAACAUACGCGCACGAAUACGCCGUCCUGGGCAACGAUCUCGCAGGAACCGUGACCGAGGUCUUUUCGCCGGACAGCAAGUUCAAGCGAGGUGACCAGGUCUUCGGCAUGGCAGGCGUAGACCGAGCCGCCACGUGGGCUGAAUACACCGUCGUCAAAGAGGACGAAGUUGCCCUGAAACCGACCGCAUUGACUUUCGCCCAGGCCGCAGCAUUGCCACUCAGCGCCCAAACCGCCUAUGAGGCCUUAUUCAACCACGCUCGGCUCCCCCUCCCUACCGUGGAGGAGGUCAAGUCCCGGUCUGUGCCCAGAAAUAACAAACGCGUGCUGAUUACCGGAGCUGCGGGUGCGGUGGGAGUGUAUCUCGUUCAGCUUGCGGUGGUGGCGGGCACAAGGGUAGUAGCCGCUACCAGUUCGAAUGCGCGCAAUGGAGAGUUUCUCCAGCGUCUUGGGGCAGAUGAGGCGGUUGAGUACGGUAUGCUGGGGCGCUAUCGAGGGGUGUUCGAUAUCAUUAUUGAUGUUGUUGGCGGUGAGGUGUUGGAGAACUGCUGGGAGUACAUAACAGAGACGGGGGUACUGGUCUCUGUGGAUUCUGCGAGCUUCAACUUUGUGGAAGAGCACAAAAAGCGAGGUCUAUGCAAGGCUGGCGUGCAUGCAUUGUUUUUCGUUGUGAAGGGUAGUACUGAGGCGUUACACUAUCUUGCUAAAUUGGUGGAUGUGGGAGCCCUCCAGUCUUUCGUGGUGGACAUUUACCCCAUUUCAAAGGCACGGGAGGCGUAUGACCUUGCAAACGGACGGUAUUUUGGACAUGGAAAGUUCAUCCUUACCGUCUGA